AUGGAUCUUUCUUGGUGUAUCAUCUGUGACAACCGUGUUGAAGACAAUAUGUCUGAACAAUCAUCUCUUUACUGCUCUGCUGCUUGUCGUGUAAAUGAUCAGUCAAGUCAACAACAGCAACAGCAACAGCAGCACCAAAUGUUCUCUACAUCACCAACAACAACAGCAGCAUUAUCCUUAUCAUCCCUGUCAUUAUCCUCAAGAUCCCAGCCAUUAAAAUCUUCAUCAACGACAACAAGCAACAAUAUCAAAAAUACCAUCUUUACAAACCGGUCCAUUCUCAAACCAUCAAAGACCACAACUGCAGCCUCCGCCGCAGCUGCCCUUCAAUUGUUGCGAAACAAGCGAGCUCCUUCCUCCAAUGCCUAUCCCUGGGUUCCGCUCUACCGCCGUCGUCAUGGUGUCCUGGUUGCUCGCCGCUGUCAACCUGUCGUAGCUGGUUCUCCAGUUGUCGCCAGUGCUCACUUUAAUGCCAGACCAUCUAUGGUACUUUAA